AUGGCAUCCAUCGACGACCUCUUCCGCAAGUCCACCACCACCACCUCCUCCUCCAUCUCCAUCACCAACAAACGUAAAUUCCCUGACCAUACACUAUCUCCCACAUAUAAAUCCGCCAAAAUCAGCGCAAAUGGCACUCCCCACACAUCUACGAUUGAAGACGGCGAUGAUGCCCACAUCGAAGCCGGUCCCUCCUUACCACCUACCGAGACGGACAACGCCGCGGAAGAAGAAGAUGAUGAAGAGGGACGAUUCUUCGGCAGUGGCGUAAGCGCUGACACGAGGCAGGCGUUAGAUUAUGUCGAGGGGGCUAUGGAUGGGGAGCUGGGAGCUGGGGAAGAGGAGGUAAUUGAUGCGGCCUGGUUGAGGCGCAUGGCGGUGGGAUUUGAGAAGAGGAUUACCAGGAAUGCGGAGUUGAGAGCUAGGUUUGAGGCGGAACCGGAGAAGUUUAUGACAUCUGAAGCAGAUCUCGAUGCCGACAUCAAGGGUUUAUCUAUUCUAUCUGAACACUCUGAACUCUACGCCGAGUUCGCCAAGUUGGGAUGCGUGGGGAGUUUGGUCGCGUUGCUGGCGCAUGAGAAUACUGAUAUUGCUAUUGACGCGAUUGAAGUGCUUGGAGAGUUGACGGAUGAGGAUGUCGAAGCCGAUGAGACACAAUGGAGGGCCUUGGUCGACGCAAUGCUUGAUGCUGGUGUGGUUGAGCUGUUGACGCAGAAUCUGGGGAGGCUGGAUGAAGAUAUCGAAAGUGAUCGCGCAGGCGUGUAUCACAUUCUAGCUGUAGUUGAAAAUUUGAGUAGUCAAGAGAGCAUUGUGGAGGAUAUAGCUGUCGGAAAUGAUGGCUUAUUGAGGUGGUUGCUGGGAAGAAUAGGGCAGAAAGAGAAGAGGGUAGGGCAGAAUAUGCGGUAUGCAGCAGAAGUGCUGGCAAUUCUGCUACAAUCGAGCCCGAAGACCAGGAGGAGAUUUGCGGAGAUGGACGGGCUGGAUGCGCUACUCCAAAUCCUAAGUGCAUAUCGGAAAAAGGAUCCGGAGAAAGAUUCCGACGAAGAAGAAUACGUUGAAAACCUUUUCGAUUGCCUCGUCUGCCUGGUAGAUGAGUCGACGGGGAAGGGGAAGUUUACAGAGGCAGAGGGUGUUGAACUGUGCUUGAUUAUGCUACGGGAGGGCAAAAUGAGCAAGAGUCGAGCAUUGCGGGUGCUUGAUCAUGCCAUGGGUGGCUCGGCAGGAGGAGGAGUCUGUGAAGGAUUUGUCGAAGCUUCUGGCUUGAAGACGAUUUUUGGGAUGUUCAUGAAGAAACAGGAAAGAGAAGCUAUCGAGCAUCUGCUGGGCAUCUUCUCGAGUCUCCUACGACUGCUUCCCGGUCAAUCCGCCAGCAGGGUUAGGACCUUAGCCAAGUUCAUGGAGAAAGAUUUCGAGAAGAUCCAGAAACUGGUAGACCUCCGGCAAGGGUAUACUGCAAGGAUGACUGUCGUGGGGAAAGCAAUCAGAAUGGAGGGAGAGCAGCUCAAUCCAGAGGAACGGGCUGCAAUGGCCGACGAAUGGCUUUCUCGACGACUGGAUGCAGGGCUCUUCUCGCUACAGACUGUGGAUGUCAUACUCUCAUGGCUGAUCGCGGAAGAUGAUGGUGCUAGAAGCAGAGUAGAGAAGCUUCUAAAAGGAAGAGACGAGAGCUUCGAGAACCUGAAGCAGAGCUUAAGGGAGCAGCUUGACGGUAUUGACGCUGAGCAGAGCAGCGAGCAGGCCGAGGCCAAAGACAUGCUUGGCACCUUACUACAGUGCUUAUGA